AUGCGUUGGCAGGAUGUUUACUGCGAUCACAGCGACGACGACCCCUUCCCCAAAAUGCUCGAGGAGGAACCAGACAAUCUGCUGGGACCCUACGUUGCAACAGAGGUUGCCCUUGUGGAGAAGGCGCUGCGUUUUGCACAAGUGGGGCCGUCGGAUCGUGUGCUGGAUCUGGGAUCCGGUGAUGGCCGCCUCUGCGUAGCGGCUGUGCAGCAAUUUGGCGCCGAAGCCGCUGUGGGCAUUGAACUCGAUGAGGACUUAGUGGAACUAUCGCAGGCCAGGGCAGAGCAGUGCGGCGUCUCAGGAGCAGGCGCAACAGCAAAUUCAAUGCAAGGCAGUCCCACUCUGGUGAUUGUGUUCCUGCUCCCUGAAGCCGAGCAGAAGUUCCAGGAGGUGCUGAUGAGGCUGUACGAUGCUGGUGCGGGUAAUGUAAUUGGGGCAGUGAAGCUGCUGGAGGCAGACACAUCCCUCAUGCAGCGCACUGGGGCUGACAGGGUGCGCAUGCUGGCCAAGUCUGAGUGGGGGCAUGGGAUUCUGCUGAGGGAAGGGGCGCCCGCAAAGCUGCUCGCCCUGCUUCAUGAGGGCGCCGACCAAAGUGUGAUCACAGCUGCUUUGAAGGCCUUGGACGCGCUCUGUGCUCAGUAUGACGGCAGGGAAGCUCUUGUUCUGGCGGGUGCUGUAGACAAAAUACAGGAGGCAUUUGAUGGUUCCUGGGUGGAGAGCGAAGACGGACGAGAAACACUGGCACAGCUACUUGUUGCCCUUAAAGUCCAGCAGAACAAUGGCUUGAGCCAUGAAGGCUCACUGGCAAACCCAGCCAGCAAUCAGCAAAGGAAGAAGGGCUUGUUCAAGGGCUGGUUCUGUUGCUUCCAUUCAUCGGUGGUGACUGAUGCUCCCUUGCAUCUAGCGUGUGACAAUGUCAGCUCCAAAAGGGGUGGGACCAAACCGGCCCCAGUCAGUGUGCUUAACAUCAAUGUGGAUUCCUCCACUCUGCGCAGCCCAAAUGCUGACGCAGCGGCCCGCGACUUGAGAGUUGUGGAGUGGGUCAGAACUGGGCCAAUCAAGGAGCAGCCUCUCCCCCAUACCAACUCCUUGGGGAGCCGGGCCACACAGAUAGGCGAGCAUGCAGAAGGUGAAGAGGAGUCCAAUCAAAUGCCCUCAGAGGCUGAUGAAGCUUUGGCAGCAAGCGUCCGGGCGCAGCAAUUCGCUCGCUACAACGCACUCAACUUGACACCGUCGGACGACAACUUCCAGUCGGUCUUCAGGGCAGCGCCGGAUGCUACAACCAAGCCAGCCGCCCCAGACAAGGCGGACAAAUGGUCCAUCACCUACGAGGACAUCUGCGCCGCGGCGUUGCCCGACACCAAGCCCACCGUAGGGGCUGCGCGCGAGACGAACGCAGAUCUGUCAGCGCAGCAGCCGCAUGCGAGGCCCGCCGGCUUGCCGCAUGCAGACGCGGAAGGCGGCCGGGCGGCGGCUGCGGCUGAGCAGGUGCGCGCACAUGGCGGCAGGCACCGGCGCAAUGCGAGCCGGGACGAGGGCAGCUUCGAGGAAGUGCUGCGUCCGCUGUCGCUGCCGGCCACGCCGGCGCACGCGUCUGAGAAGGGGUACCUGUCGGGAAGCGAUGACAUCAGCGCGGACGAGGUCAGCGAUGACGGUAGCACCAGCCUGGAGGACAUGUCGGACGGCGAAAUCCUGACCUCCAGCCCGCCCCUCGCGCUGCCCCGGCCAGCGCCCAAACCCACCGGCGACCCCCGGCUCUCGCUGCGCCUCUACAAGCUCGUGACCAGGUCUGCGGAGGUGAUGCGCACGCCGCCCAAGCGCACCAAGUCAAGCAAGCUCGGCGGCGCAGCCCGCCCCAGAGCCCCCUGGUGGCUGGGCUCCGCCAGCUCAUCCCCGAUCUCGCUCGCAGCCUCAUCUCCCGCCGCGUCCGUUGCCCGGUCGGUGUCCCGGCUGUCCAUGCGCCAGCCGCCGCCAAUCGCGCGCCCCCCCUCCCCGAGCAAUGAGCCGGCCGUGCCGGCCGCGCCGCGGCCAGGCCCGGGGCCGGCCGGCCCGACGGCUGGCGGCAGCAACGCGCACAGCGUGGCGUCGUACCUGUCCACCUUCCAGGCGGCUGCCGGGAAGGCGGCCCGGGAAGGGAACUCGCAAGACGCGGUGCGCGCCUAUGUGGCGGUCGCUGGGCCGGGGCAGGCGGCGCAGCACGCGGCCGGCCACUCCGCAGCGCUGUCCGCCGCGGCCGCUCGCAAGAGCGCUGGCGAUAAGGGGCCGCAUGGGCUGCAGGAGCUGAAGCUGCAGCAGCUCAUCACCCCCCUGGGUGAUGCCAGCAACCGAAGCCCUCCAGCCGGCCCAGGCGGCUCGAUCAGGGGCCUGCAAUCUUCGGUUGGUAGCCAAGCGGCGGCACAGGCGCCGCGGUCAAACAAGAGACCCAGCCCCCCGAGCAGGCUGCCCCAAUACCAGCGAGCGCCGGUGCAAGGACGGAGGGACAUGGAACGCCCCAUUAUCAACACCUCCCUGCCCCCAGCGCCGGUCAGGGGAGGCGCAACAUCGAGCACAAGGGACCUCGACCGAAAGUCCACCCCCGCCCGCCAGAUGUUUGCGAUCAUCUCCGACGCCAUCACUGCCGCCAACGAGGCCAUGAACUCCCAGCCAUCCGUUUCGCGCACCACAGCAGGUCCAUCGGCAGGAGUGGGCGCAGGGGGAGUUGAGGCGCCGGCUGCGGCUGCACCGGCAGCUGCCCGGCUGGGUUCCGGGCAGCUGGGCAGGAGGGCCUCUCAGCGGCCCUCGCCGGUGCUGCCAAGGCAGGCCGCACUGGCGCCGGCAUCGCGUCUGGCCCUGCCUGCUGCCCCGCACCUGACCGGGCUCACCUCCAUCCCCAAGCUGGGCGGUGGGGCCGCCGGCGCCACUGGCAGCCUGAGGACCAACAGGAUCACAAACAUGGGCCCUCCGCCGCCGAGGGUGCCGGCGAGUAGCCGGCUGCCGGGACCCCCCGGUCAGCUGCCGGGUCCCCUCAGCCGGCUGCCGGGACCCCCCGGCCGGCACCCGGCGCCCCCCACCCACAUCCCCGGCAGCCGCCUCCCCGUCCCGCCCGGCAAGCCGCCGCGCUCGCCGCUGGCCGGCACCAGGGCGGCCUCUGCAGCUGCCCUGGAGCUGCCACACCGCGCGGGUCAUUACCUGCCAGUCGGUGUGCCGCUGCACAUGGACGGCGCGUCGCCUCCUUGGACCCCCACAGGCUUCCACACCUCUCGGGAGGACCUUCUCAACAGCAAUGCAGCCACUGAAGAAGAGUGCGCGGCGGAGGCGCAUUCGCGGCACCUGCGCGCCUUGGUGGAGAGUCUGGCAAGCGAGGAGCGCGGCCUUUUCAGCCCCCUCGACGGCGGCCCCAAGCGUCCGGUCGCACGUCGGCUGCACAAUGACGGCCCUGGACGCGCGCAGCCACCGACAGAGCCGACGGCACAGGCCGUUACUGCCGCAGGCUUCAUGAGCGCUGACAGCGUUGCCCAAAUGGAUGUGGACAAUGGAAUUGUGAACACAAUGUUCAACAUCAGCAGAUCUCCCAGUGAGAAGAGCUCCUCGGGUGACUGCGAUGCUCCUGCCUUCAGAAACCCGCUCUACAGCAACCGGGGCUCACCAAGCAGUUGA